AGCAGGCAGCCAGCGGGGCGGCUGGCAGAAGCAAGCGGACCACAGGACCAGCACAAAGGUGGCAUGGCCUCAGGCUCAAUGAGUGGAGUCAUCAAGGUGAUGUGUCUGGGUCUGCACUGACUGGACAGAGCUGUAAAUGCGGUGUUUGAAGUUGGAGAACGUUUGGGGUGAAUUUGAUGAUUUUUUGAAGGCCGCAGGCUCCAAACUUGUCGUUGUUGACUUUUCGGCAACAUGGUGCGGACCUUGCAAAGCAAUGAAUCCUUUCAUUCAUGACCUGGCUGUUCGGUAUGACAAUGUCGUGUUCUGUAGUGUGGAUAUCGAUCUGGCAGAGGAUGUGGCUAAUUCUUGUAAAGUUGCCGCCAUGCCAACAUUCCAGUUGUACAAGAAAACAGAGAAGAUUUGUGAAAUUACUGGCACCGACACCAAGAAGUUGGAAGCAAAGAUUGAAGAACUAAUGUAGUCCCCGCAGAAAACAAAAACAGAGGUGUUCCAGUAAAACUCACUUUCCGUAGGCUCA